AUGACUGAAGAAGGAGCCGAAGAGACUGCACCAGCUGCAGCUCCAGCAUUUCCAGCACAAUCAGAUGGUCCAAGUCCAUCCUCGAUUGCUGCCGGUGUUGCUGCUCUUUUAAGUGUUCCACCAGAAAAACGUUUAAUUGAAACACUUCAGACAAUGAUUAAGACACCAGAUCGUGAUGUCAAUUGGGAUGAUAUUCUUACAUUUUAUUCUUUCUUCGGCCGUCGUUUUGAAGGUGAAGAACAAGAAAACGCAUUCAAGAAGAAAUUCAACCCAGAAAACAAGCAACAGAUUAAAUCAGACAUUGCAACAGCAGCUAUGGCUGAUAUAUUUAAGCAACAAGAGUUUUUACUUACACUUCAAGUCGAUGCAAAAGUUCUUGACCAGAAAACACAUCAGUGGAAUCAUCAUGCCGCGGAUCUCAGAUACAUGUUGAACCAGAUCGGUGAACCAUUGCAAGAUCAGGAUGCUGAUGAUCUUAUUAGAGAAGCACUUGGUAAAGGUGAUGACCUCAUUGAUCUCAAGGCAUAUUUAGAACUUAUUUGUACUCAUUAA